AUGAGAAUUCAGAGUUUUUCAGAGGUAAAUAAAGUUAGAGUGAUAAGUCCUCCAACAAAAUUACCGCGAGUUGAAGAGCCAGUCAUAACCUUUUCUGAAGAAGAUGACAAGGGGAUUCACCAGCCCCAUGAUGACCCUCUGGUAGUUUCUAUGGUCGUCGCUAAUUUCACUGUUCGACAAAUACUGAUAGAUAAUGGCGACAAAGUAUAUCCACUGGGGGCAGUUACCCUUCCAGUAACUGCAGGAGCCAAUCCAAAGCAGGUCACUGUAAUGGUGGACUUUGUAGUGGUGGACUGCCCAUCAUCAUACAACAUUAUCCUGGGGAGGACAACAUUGAAUGCCAUGAAAUCAAUCACUUCCACUUACCAUCUCCUGAUGCGUUUCCCAACUGAGUAUGAUAUGGGAGAGCUAAGAGGGGACCAAACAAUGGCUCGAGAAUGUUAUGUCGCCUCUCUCAGAAAAACAAAAUCGCAAAAGGCACUUAUGAUUGAAGGGCUGGGAGGGAAAGGUAGGCCAGACUUUCAUAGAGCAGAACCUACAGAAGAGCUAGAAGAGGUCAUCCUUGGUGAUGGUGAGCCCGAGAAGAAAGUGAGUAUAGGGUCUUCACUUCCCCCGGGUAUCAAAGAUGAACUUACUCAAUUCUUCAGGAAAAAUCGAGACGUAUUUGCAUGGGUGCAUGAAGACAUGCCAGGUAUAGACCCCAUUAUCAUGGAGCACCGCUUAAAUGUAAAUCCUAACUUCAAACCUAUCAGACAAAAGAGGAGGACUUUCGCUCUAGAGAGGAAUCAGGCUAUAUCAGAAGAGGUGGAAAAGUUCUUAAAAGUCGACUUUAUUCAAGAGGUGUACUACCCCGACUGGCUGGCAAAUGUGGUCCUAGUGAAGUAG